AUGGCCACGAAGACUCAAGCCAUUGCAGCAUUCCUGCUCUUCAAUUUAAUGUUCUGCACAUUCGCCUCUGGGCAACUGCUGAGCCUUCCUGUUCUUAAGUGCGUCUCGAAGACCCUGGAACUAAUCACCUGUGGCGUCGUGCUCAACCUCAUCAAAAUUGGGGGACUCACGGAGCCCCUCAACGCCACCUGUUGCGCUCUGUUCUCGGCUCUGACGGGUGACCAGGCGGCCCAAUGCCUCUGCGCCGCGAUCAAGAUUAAUCUGCUUGGUCUGAACGUCAGCGUCCCUGGUGACAUUGGUCUGAUACUGACUUCCUGCGGCAAGCCGGUGCCUGUCCUGUCUUGCCCCUAA